AUGGCAGCGGAUAUUAUGACGAAAAACAACGUGGGAAAUGAAGAUAUUGAAAAGUUUUUAACCAUAGCUUUAAUCGAGAACAAACAAGAGUUUGUCAAAAUGUUCACCGAAAUUACAGAUUUGCGAGAUUUCUUGACCAAAAAAAAACUUGAAGAGCUAUACAGUGACACUCUGAAAACUCAAAAGGAAAACUCCAUCGAAAAGUUCCUUCAGAAGUUUUUGAAACCAAAAGAAGGAGGAAAAAUUGGAUCGGAAAGUCUCACAAAAAAGUUUUCCGACAUUUUCAAUAUCUAUUACAAUCCAGUGCACUUCGAUGACUCAAAAAACGUUCAAGCAACCGAAAAAAGUCCAGAAAAAAGUUCAGCAAUCAAAAAAAGUCCAAUUGGCCUUGCAGAGAAAGUCACAGAAUGCGCAGAGCCAGCAAAAAGAGACUCUCAAUUUUUCCUGCGCCCGGAAAGAGAAUUGUUCGUUUACUCACUUCUGUUUGUUCGACCUGAAGCGAGCGAAUACUUCUGGGAAGACAUGACAUGCAAAACUUCUGCAGCAAUUUUUGCAGUUCUUAUUUCUAAGACAAUUUUGAAAUCUCGGGAAAUUCGAGACGACUCAAACUUGCAAAGUCGAGUAGUAAAAUUGCUUGAAAAUUACAAAUUCAAAGCUACAGGAAUUUUAAAUAUUUGUUAUGGUGAAAGCGCUGAACUGAGCCAACAAAUAUUACAGCUCAAGCAUCAGCCGUGGGGCUCUAAAUCUUGCCUCGAACUAGCAACUCAAGCUGAUUACAAGGAUUUCAUUGCGCAGAGCAGUUGUCAGACUUUAAUUCAAGAGGUGUGGCUGGGAAAGUUAAGAGAUCGCAAUUCUUUGUGGAAAAUUAUAGGAGCGUCUCUAGUUCCAUUUUUUGUCCCUUUUCUGAGCUUCAAAGGAACUGUCCCUGAUGAAGCAGAAAAAAAACAAGUCGCAAAUCAAGAGGAAAAAAGCUUUUCCCUUGCCAAAAAACUUAAAUUCUUCUACACUGCGCCUGUGAUAACUUUCACUCUGAACGUCAUCGCAACACUGCUGUUUUUGAUAUUGUUCAGCAUCGUCACCUUAGAAGAAGAAUACGUGGUUAUGUUCUGGAUGCUGACAUUAGCUCUCGAGGAAAUCCGACAAUUCAUUAUCAUAUCAGAAAACUCUACCAAAAGGCGACUGGCUGUCUUCUUUGAGAACAGAUGGAAUGCUGUCGAUAUUCUGGCACUGAUUUUGUUUGCUUCCGGAUUGGUCAUGCGCGCUAACAAUAGAUGGGAUCUGCUCAAUGUUGCGCAUGGGUUCUAUGUGGUGACUCUGAUUCUCUACUUCAUUCGCUUCACCAGUGUUUUUUCAAUGAACAUCUAUUUAGGGCCCAAAAUAGUAAUGAUUUCUAAAAUGCUUAAUGACGUGGGCCUCUUCUUCUGCAUUGCACUCGUGUACCUUGUUGCGUAUGGAAUAGCAGUGCAAUCAAUAAUUUACCCUGGUGUUACACAGCCAACUUUCAGUAUUCCUUGGGGUGUCUUUUUCCGAUCCUUCUUCGAGAUGUUAGGAGAUCCGAACUUUGAAGAAAUAGGCGCUUCACACAUCGAGAACUGCACUAAAGGUUCGGAAGCCCCAUGGCCCUUUGAAGACUGUCCCAAUGAAAAAAACACUGUCUUGGCUGUAGUGUUCAAAGCACUUUUCAUGUUGUUCACCAAUGUUCUUCUUCUCAAUCUACUAAUUGCAAUUUUCAACAACAGAUAUGACGAUGUAAACAAAGAGACUGAAAUGGAACAAACUCUCUCAGAAGUUAAUGAGAAGUGUCACAAGAUUGAAAGUAUGUUGGAGACACUAGUCAUGGAAAUGAGUAAAAGUAAUCAUUCAGCACCACUGCAGAUGUCGGAUGUGGUACUGAAACGAUAA